GUAGCACCCCUCCCCUCCGCAUACCCCCACCCCCACCCCACCCCACCCCGCACCAACCUCGCGGAAGGCCGACGACCAGACCAGACCAAACCCUAGACGAUCCAUCCAGCCUCCGAUCCCCUCCCCCCUCCCCGCGAUCUCUAUAAAACUCGGCGGAUUUCGAACCCAGCCUCCACCGCGGGAAAUCACGCCCACGCCACCGCCUCCUCCUCCCUCGCCGGGGGCCGGGGCCAGCGGCGGCCGUUUCCGGGGGCCGGUGGAUGGCGGAGGCGGCGCUGGAGGGGAGCCAGCCGGUGGAUCUGUCCAAGCACCCCUCCGGCAUCGUCCCCACGCUCCAGAAUAUUGUGUCGACGGUCAACCUGGACUGUAAAUUGGACCUCAAAGCUAUAGCUCUCCAGGCACGCAAUGCAGAGUAUAACCCCAAGCGUUUUGCUGCGGUUAUCAUGCGGAUAAGAGAACCAAAAACUACCGCAUUGAUAUUUGCCUCAGGAAAAAUGGUUUGCACUGGAGCAAAAAGCGAACAGCAAUCUAAGCUCGCAGCCAGAAAGUAUGCUCGUAUAAUCCAGAAGCUUGGCUUUCCUGCAAAAUUCAAGGACUUCAAGAUCCAGAAUAUAGUUGCCUCUUGUGAUGUCAAAUUCCCUAUCAGGCUUGAGGGCCUCGCAUAUUCUCAUGGUGCUUUCUCAAGUUAUGAGCCAGAGCUAUUUCCUGGUCUGAUUUACCGGAUGAGGCAGCCGAAGAUUGUCCUCUUAAUUUUUGUUUCAGGCAAGAUUGUUCUGACCGGAGCAAAGGUGACUUUGGAAGUAAGCAGAAUUGGAGAUAUUGUUGCUUGCUGCCUGCUCCAACCUCGCAAAGAGUCUAUAAGGCAUAGCCCGUCUUCCUUCCGGUGGAACCUAUAUAUAUAUAUAUAUAUAUACUGUCCAUCAGAUUAGGAGCACCUGGUGUCGUAACCGACUAGGGUCUUCUUUUUGUGAUGGAUCAUGGUUGAUCAUCGCAGGUCUAUUAUGUUGUCGUUCCUCACUUGAAGCACUCUGUGGAAGUCGAGUAAAACCCAAGCAAAUUUUGCUCCUGGAUUUCUAAAGCCUUUUCUUUCUCCUGAUGAUGGAAAAAAAGGCCCGCUGAUGUAUAUCUACUUGUAGACGCGUUGCGCCCUGUUAAAAGGAGGGCUUUUAUGUCAAUCCAAAUAGCAAGAUUUCGUAUGUGUUUUUCCAUCCCUUUGUUGUUAUCUCAAACCAUGUCAUUUCUGUAAGAACAUUGUGAAUCGGACAUUUAACAUCUGCCGAAAAAAUCUGUAA